AUGAAAUCAGUCUCCAGAUCUCAGCCCUGGACACUGACUCAGAACUUGCGAUUCACAAUCUGGGACAACCGUAAUGCUGGCUUCUUCACUGUCACCAUGAUUGCUCCCAGCAAGACCUCCUCCAGGUCUCCACCCAGGGUCCUGAGCACAGCCUCUACCAGGGCUACUUGUAACCGGGUCUCAGCACAGACCCCGGGUAGUUUGGUCCCCAUUGGAAGAGCCAACACCACUGUCCCUUCACAGCAACAGAACUCCAACCUCAGUUCCGGUGUCCUGGGCUCCAUGCUAUGUGGAAUCCUCUCAGCUGCCCUGCUUAUUCUGUGA